GAGGGAGGGGAGCGGGGCGGCCGGCCGGCCGGCAUGGCCAAGCAGUACGACAUGGUGGAGUGCCCCUUCUGCGAUGAGGUCUCCAAGUACGAGAAGUUGGCCAAGAUCGGGCAGGGCACCUUCGGGGAAGUUUUCAAAGCAAAACAUCGUCAAACAGGCAAGAAAGUAGCGCUGAAGAAAGUGUUGAUGGAAAAUGAGAAGGAAGGGUUCCCCAUCACAGCCCUGCGAGAGAUUAAAAUCCUCCAGCUGCUCAAGCACGAGAAUGUGGUGAACCUCAUAGAAAUCUGCAGGACCAAAGCCUCUCCAUACAACCGCUGUAAGGGAAGUAUCUACCUUGUGUUUGAUUUCUGUGAGCAUGACCUGGCUGGCCUUCUCAGCAACGCCCACGUCAAGUUCACACUCUCAGAGAUCAAGAAAGUUAUGCAGAUGCUAUUGAAUGGACUUUACUACAUCCACAGGAACAAGAUCUUGCAUCGGGACAUGAAAGCUGCGAAUGUCCUGAUCACGCGGGAUGGAGUCCUGAAGCUAGCAGACUUUGGGCUGGCUCGAGCUUUCAGCCUGGCUAAAAACAGCCAGCCGAACCGCUACACCAACCGGGUAGUGACUCUGUGGUACCGCCCACCAGAGCUGCUCCUAGGGGAGCGAGACUAUGGCCCCCCCAUUGACCUCUGGGGUGGAGGCUGCAUCAUGGCAGAGAUGUGGACCCGCAGCCCCAUCAUGCAGGGGAACACGGAGCAGCACCAGCUCACCCUCAUCAGCCAGCUCUGCGGAUCCAUCACGCCAGAGGUUUGGCCAAAUGUGGACAAAUAUGAGCUGUACCAGAAGCUGGAUCUCCCCAAGGGCCAGAAGCGCAAGGUCAAGGAUCGCCUGAAAGCCUAUGUCAAAGACCCCUAUGCACUCGACCUCAUCGACAAGCUACUGGUGCUGGAUCCUGCCCAGAGGAUUGACAGUGAUGACGCACUGAACCAUGACUUCUUCUGGUCAGACCCUAUGCCCUCGGACCUCAAAAACAUGCUCUCCACCCACAACCAGUCUAUGUUUGAGUACCUGGCCCCACCACGCAGGAGGGGCGGGCACAUGCCCCAGCAGCCAGCUAACCAGGGCAGGAACCCUACUGCUACCAACCAGACCGAAUUUGACAGGGUGUUUUGAGUGGGGACUUCCUCAGUGGAGUCCUGGUGGGGCUCUCCUAUGGGGUGCGUUGAAUAGGGAUGCCCCAGUGGGGUCUGUCUGUCUGGGAAAGGACUUACUUCAAGGCAAAGUGCCUGCUGGUUUUAACCAAGCUCUGUUGUCUCUUCUCCUUGCACAGCAGCUCUGUUACAGAGGAGCUGCGACAGGCGAGCUGUGUGAUUGUGUGUGUGAGUGGGGAGGUGAGACAUGCAAGCCCAGGGUUGUUUCUCUGCUGCUUUGACAGAGCCUUGGCCCUCUUGAAGCAACCUGUGCAUUGGUUACAUGAAUUUUGUGGAUCAAUUGUUAUGGACCCAGUGAUGGAGAAGGAGGCUCAGUCAUUGCCAGAGCUCUGAGGCUCUUAGCAAAUGGUGCUGUGGCCAGCAGGACUAGGGGAACAGCUACCAUGGACCAGACAGGGGCCCUACUGGGAACUUUCUCAGAUCUCUGAGUUGGUUAUUAUAGUUUCUUUAUGGCACAUCCUUUGAGCACUGUUUGAAGGGUUGAAGUAGGAUGAGGCAGGUGCCUCUGACUAAUGUGAGUGGGGCAGGCAGAGUCACUCUACGACAGUAGCAUUACCUUUCACUGUUACCUGGGCAUUAGACCAGAAGGGGACUUAUUGGGCAAACCAGAGCAGUGGGUGACAGAGCUGGCUGCUCCAUUCAGCCAGGAUUUAGGGUGGGAUCGUCAGUCUCAGUAACAGCCCUCAGUAGCCAUGCUUUUUUGAUUGUAAACUGCAAUUAAGGUUCUUGUCAAGCACAUCUAACUUUUUAUGUGCUUUUCUCCACAGUGCUAACUGUGGUAGUAGGUUAGAUCUGGAAGGGAGUUGGAAGUGCUGCACUCAGUCUGGGCAUGGGUUCUCAGAGGUGCUCCGAGGCGCAGGUCUGCUGUCCAGCUGCCUGCAGGAGUUUUACAGUAGUGUGAUAGUGCUGGCAAAGCCAGGCCAGGAGAGCGCAGCUGCUCCUACAAAUCCUCGCAUGUCUACUCCACUGUCCUGGAGCUCUUUGCAUGAGUCUAGAGUAAGAUUGUUGCCUUCUCCAGAUGCAGAGGAUAGACAGGUACACUGUGAUGGUGUGUUCACCAUGUCCUGCCAGAGCUUGUUAAGACUGAAUUGUACGUAGCUGGUGCUCCUUCAGACUGCUGCAGCCAAUGAAUUCACUCUGAACAUUUAGUCUUCCAUAAUUUGUCAGCUGCAGCUGGUUAUCUUCUCAGAGUGCCACACGGGUCCCAAGUCUUUUAAAUGAGUAACGUGUCCAAAACACAGUGGAUGAUAACCUUUGGCAUUUGAUAGGUUGUCCGUUAACUAGACUAAUGGCAAAAGCCACAUUGCUUGCCUGAGAUCUUGGAGCAGGAAGCGGUGAUGAGCGGACUAUUUUCAGAACAGAAAGUGAAGAUGAUAAAGGACGUAUAUAAGGUAAAUCUGUCUUGAUGUGGGGCUCUGAAAUAGUGUCCAGCUGGGGGGACACAGUCUGUUUGGAAAAAUGAAGUUGGUUGCAAGCAAUAAGACUGAUAACUUCUGCCAGUUAUGAAUAAACAUGCUCCUGUUCCAAAUCA